CUUUUCAUCGCCGUCAAACGGUGCAGCAGUCCCAUGAAGCGCUCCCAUUCGACCAUGGCGGACACACAGACGUGGACGGCGUCGGACUUCCCCUGCACUCUACAACUCCACAUCCCCUUCCCGUCCGCGCACUACGCCGCAACCGCCUCGCGCGCGCUGUCCGUCGACGCCGAGCUCUCGCCUCUCGUGCGCCGCGCUUUCAGCCUCGCUGGCGACAGGGAGAAGAACACGCUCGUCGUGAAUUACGCGGCGACCACGAACCGCAUGCUGCGCGUGGCUGUGAACGGCUUCUUCGAGAGCGUGGGCGUUGUGAUUGGCGUCAUGAAGGAUCUGGACGUCGAUGUGGUGUAUGAGCCGGUCAAGGAGAGCUUGGAAGGGGUGCAGGGGCUGGUUGUUCAUGGGCAGGAGGGGAGGGGGUGAACAGGCAUAGGGAAGAUACGAGCGGAUAUCCAGACACGGAAGCGCGCCAGAGGGACGUGGAGCUCGGCGAAGGUUCUCGAGCCAGUUCACUGUACACAUAUACAUGGAUGAUUUGAGGAUACGAGAGGGACAAGACACGCACAUCCGUGUCGAGGCUGUCUAGAGGAGCAUGUAGAGCCCUUGGAGGCCGGAGAUACCCGCAGCUACGCAUGCUAUGCUGCACGUCCAUAUACCGAUCAUGCUGUGAGUGGUUUCAAGCCUCUGAACAAGCAAGAUGUCUCUGUCUCAAUCU